AUGCCAUCACCCAAGCAAACAAAUGGCCAUCAUGAACCCUCCGAGCGCACACCAUUACUACGAUCUGUUUCCGACGGCCAUCAUCCUAACGAAACAGCAAUCGAUGACGAUGGAGUGCAAACCGCAGAGGUAGCUGGAGCGGCUCCACUAGAGGCCCCAAGGUAUCCGGAGCUCGGAAAGAGACGAAGCUAUUCUCAUAGCCACUGGCUUGCCCCGGAGGAUGACUGUAACGAAUGGCCAGAACCGGAAAGCCCCGGCGAAUUCGGGGAUGAUGGACUGCUUGCAGGACUCACAAGAACAAAAUUUCGAUUCAUUUUUGGAGGUAUCUUAUUAGGCUAUUUCAUAGCCAUGUUCGACUCUACCCUAAUGGCAUCCAGCCACCCAGUAAUCACAUCCUACUUCAACGCCUCCAAUUCGGCUUCGUGGCUCUCCACCGCCUUCCUGCUCACCUCUACUUCACUUCAGCCACUCAUGGGUCGCAUGUCCGACACUAUUGGACGACGGCCUCUGUACCUCGCUGGUCUCCUAUUUCUCGCAGCAACCACGGCAUGGUGUGCUCUUGCUCAAAGCAUCGGAAGCUUCAUCGCCGCAAGAGCAUUCUGCGGGCUUGGUGCAGCGGGAGUGCUAUCAAUGGGCAAUAUCAUGACCAACGAUCUCGUCAGCAUCGAAGUCCGAGGGACGUAUCAGGCGUACAUUAAUCUCUUCUACGGAGGCGGUUCGGCUGCAGGCGCCGCUUUCGGUGGCUUCCUCUGUGACAAGAUAGGCUGGCGUUGGACUUUCGGCAUCCAAAUCCCAAUGCUCAUUGUCAUUCUCGUCAACGCCUUCUUCACCACUCCCGCAUCGCUCGGACCGAACCUUGCAAAGCGCUCGAGUCAAGGCAUACGAGAUGCUAUGAAGGGCUUCGACGUCGCUGGCUCCAUUCUCCUCACCAGCUCCGUCGCCUUCCUUAUCUUAGGGCUUAACCUCGGCGGAAAUGUUUACCCUUGGAAGCACCCACUCGUUAUUUCCUCGCUCGUCGUAGCUGGUAUCGCUGGAGCAGUUCUCGUACGCGUAGAAGCCAAAGCACAGAGAGCCGUAAUGCCGCUUGCUAUGCUCUUCACAAAGCCCCGCGGGAAUCUCGUCUUCAACAACUUCUUCGCACAGCUCGGAAUUAACACCAUCAUCUUCAACGCCCCUCUGUACUUCCAAGCCGUAAAACUCGAUACGGCGUCCAUGUCCGGCUUUCGACUCGCAGGUCCUUCAGUAGCCCUCACCAUCUGCGGUGUCUCGGCAGGCUUUAUCAUGACGGCUACCGGACGCAUGAAAUGGCUCAUCGUCGUUGGCUCGCUUUCCAUGCUCCUUGGUGCUAUCUGUCUAUCCAUAAUUGUAGGGCAAGGUCUCUCCUUCCCCGCGACCUCGCUCGCCGUCCUCGCAACAAGCACACAAGAAGAUCAAGCGGUAAUGGCCAGCACUCUAGUUCUGUGGCGCAGUCUGGGAAUCGUAAUGGGUGUCUCGUUUAGCAGUGUCAUCUUGCAGAACGCCUUGACUGCGUACCUGAAUCGCCUCGUUACAGGCCGCCACAAGGAUGAGAUUAUUCUCACCGUCCGGAAGUCGGUCCGAGCAAUUCUUGAUCUUGACCCCAAGCACCAGAGCCAAGUCAUCGACGCCUAUGCCCGCAGUCUCCGUGUCACCUUCAUAUCGGCUAUCGCCAUCUUCAUCCUCGCUAACGCUCUCGUAUUCACGAUCAACCUCCCCCAUCUCAAGCGGAAACAGACGGAAGAGGAAGACAGCGCGGAAGAUGGAUCGUCUGAAGUCUCAUGA